UGCUGGAGCAGGGGGGUUGCUAGUUUGCUGCAAUUUGGGAAACAGAGUCAUUUUAGAGAUGAAGAAGACGCCAUUUCUGGUUCAAGAGUGAGAAUUGGGAAACCUUAGUCGAGAAUGGAAACCGAUUUUUUUAUGAUGAAAGAGUGGAUGAAGUACUUUGAUUUCGUAAUAACAGGCAGAAUCAUGGACAGCUGGGGUUGGAUUGCGUCAGGCUGGCUUCUGCCCAUUCAGUCAGGGAGGGAGGGAGUGACGAGAAACGAGCUAAAAGGAGACGCAUUUAUUUACAAGUGGUUGGUUGAGACUGGACACAAAAUGAUUCUUGGUGAACAGAGGAAGACGUCGGCAAUCUGUAGGGAUGCCCUGAAUCCCAUUCCAAUCAAAAUUUGCACCUUUAUUCAUCAGGCAAAAAAGAAGUUUCUGCCCCUUUUUUUCCCCAUCUUUUGAGAAAGAAGGGCCAAUGAUCAUGUGUUGAUGUCGUUGGAUCCUGUAUAGCAUCUAGCAUCAUGAUUUUCGUCGUUGAAUGGAAAAAUCAGUAUUUGUUUGAAAGAGCGAUUCUAAACUCAAAGAAUAUGUGAAAGACAAUCCAUCGGCAUCAACGUACGAGUCGUUGGUCGACAUCCACUUAACAUGAUACCAAAUGUCCUUAACAAUAGCUGCACUAUAACGAUACUGGUGGCUAAUUUACGCUGAGAAAUUAUAUGAAACAAAGGAAUUUAAACAGGCGUGAGAGUGAAUUCUUAGAAGGUUGUGAAGUCUCGCGCCCUAAUAAUGAUGAGACAAUGAGACGGGGCUAGGUUUGCUGGUAGAUAUUAUUAUAGGUUUUAAAGCAGUUGCAUGCAAAAUUUUAUCACAUUGGUGGAAUUUAAAACUAAACUAACCUUAACCUAACUAAGUGCCUGCUUAACUACUGUGGCCCAGGAGCGGGGACCGUUUGGGCCCAAAAUGUUAACUUGCUCGAGAUGGACGGUUUGGGCCCAACAAGUUCCCUUCGCUUGAUGAAUAAGAAAAGGACAUUGGGACCCGACCUAUGACAAUUUGCUCGAGUGGGCAAAUCAGAGACUUUUUUUUUAUCAGUAAGAAAUAUAAACAUCAAUUUCUCCUCAAGUACCAACUGCCAACCGAAGCCUUUUACAAGCUGGUGGUACUGGUAGGUUAGAUCACAAUGAUAUCAGACAGUGACUGAGGAAAUUUUAGUUUGAAACUCUUAACUCAUUUGCUAACAGACGAGUUUGAUACAAAUCUCGUUCAGUUCACGAGGCUCGUGAGUUAGUUCAACUCGGUGGGUUGUCGAGCCUACUCGUGAACUAUAGCUCGUUUAGAGCUCAUGAGAUGUCUCGACAUUGUGCGCAGAGAGUCAACUAGAUACCCGAUUUAUGAGCAGAUCGAUCUAUAUAUUCAUAGGAUUGUUAAAUUAUUAUGUCUCACCUUGUAUGAUGUUUAGAAUAUUGAGUAUGUAAGCAACUAUGUCUUGUUUAUAAUUUUAAAAAGCAAUGAUGUAUCAUGGAUUGCUUCAAUAUAAUGAAAUAACAUAAUUUAGACUAGUUAAUGAUGAAAAUUUGACUAUCUCUUGUACAUCAUAACAUCAAUCACAUGUAUUAUACAUUAUAUAAAAAAUUAAUGUAGUAAAUACAAGCCAAGAUUUUUGUACAAGAUACUAAAUCAAAUUCUACUCGAUUCAUUAAUAAACAAGUUAAACUCAAACUCGACUUGUUUAUUAACGAGGCGAACCCAAAUUAAUGUAAAACUCAACUUGUCUCGACUCGAUCAUAACCCACCAUGCUAUAUGCCCAUGUCACUUUGCGUAUUACAUAUAAAAAAAAAUUAAUUGUUAUCUAUGCGAUAAUAUUAAUUUUAUGAAUCUUUAUAAAAUAAAUCUGGUCAAAUGUCAAUUUUACUAUUAUCAUAAGUUCAUAACCAAGGAUUGUGAAAUUGUAUCGUUGGUCAUACAGGAAAAGUCACUGGUAGUGUUUUGUACUAAAAUUAUAAUUCAGUCGUGAUUCAACCAUUUAAUACCGUUAAAACCCCACCUACCAAUUUGAGAUAGGCUACCCAGUAUUCUCGGUCCAACCAGAUGGUAGGGUAUGAUUUCUAAAACACCGUUCAUAACAUAUUAUUACAACGAUCAUAACAAAGUUAAUUUUGCAUUAAAAUUGAUUGGGAUUUUCCAGUUUCAAAUUAAAGCAUAUAAAAAACUUAUCUAGUAGACCACAAGUAGUCUAAUUUCCUUAUUUAAAAACAGAAUGGGACUUGAACGGGCCAACUUACCGUACACGUGCGGACUUGAACGGGCCCAGGGAUUGUUGCGGACCACAAAAACAGAAUAGGUUCCAGCCACGGCUGCAUCUAUUUCAUGCCUCCAUAGCGAUCACCGUAACCGAGUCUUGGAUUGUUCCGAUGCUGGAUCUGGACUCCACCAACGCCGAGAAUAAAUGAGAUAAUUAGAG